CGUGGACUGCAGUGCAGUGUGUGGCGAACAACCAGAUCUAGUAAAAUCCUGUAGACCUCAUCGGCGGCGGCGACGAGGAGGAGGAGAGCAGAUCGGUGAUGCAGCCGAGCGGGUGGAGGAGGAGCGCGGCGGCGCGGGCGGCCUGGCGCCCCGCUACGGUGUGCCUGUGGCUCGCGCUCGCCGCCGCCGCCCUGACGCUCGCCCAGGUUCUCAUCAACCUCGCGAAGAAGGACCUGACGGAGGUCACCCACAAGGUCUACUUUGAUAUCGAGAUUGACGGCAAGCCCGCAGGUCGGAUUGUCAUGGGACUUUUUGGGAAGACUGUUCCUAAAACAGCAGAGAACUUCCGAGCGCUUUGCACAGGAGAGAAGGGAACUGGCAAGAGUGGCAAACCUCUCCACUACAAGGGAAGCACAUUCCACAGAAUUAUCCCCAGCUUCAUGCUCCAAGGAGGUGACUUCACUCUUGGCGAUGGAAGGGGUGGUGAAUCUAUCUAUGGCAUGAAGUUCGCUGAUGAGAACUUCAAGAUCAAGCACACUGGACCAGGCCUUCUGUCCAUGGCCAAUGCUGGCAGAGAUACAAAUGGAUCCCAGUUUUUCAUCACCACUGUGACCACAAGCUGGUUGGACGGGAAGCAUGUUGUGUUUGGCAAGGUGCUAUCUGGAAUGGAUGUUGUUUACAAGGUUGAAGCUGAAGGCCGGCAGAGCGGGCAACCAAAGAGCAAGGUUAUCAUAGCGGACAGCGGCGAGCUGCCACUGUGAUGAGAUGUACUGAUCUUCUGAUGGAAAAUAAGAGGUUGUCGCCAUUUGUCGUUCUAGAAUUGCUAUAGUGGUCUGUUUUACCGAAAUUGGCCUUUGCCAGUUUCUCUUUACUACAACGACUUGCUUAUUUACCUAGUUGGAAAGUUUUAAAGAUGAACUAGCGAGUGGUCUCACGCUUCAGCAUCAUUUCCAGUCUCGAUCUCUCAGAAGGAAUAAUUUUCAGUGGUUUGCUUCUC